AAACAAACUAUUUGCAAUUAUUUUAUUUUAAAAGGAAUGUUUAUUAUUAUUAUUUUCCAUAAGUAGUGCUAUCAAUUAUUAAGCAAUUACUUUUACCUACAAGUUCCUUAAUAAGGUUGACAGGCCAAGAAUUAGACGCAGUACUGAACUUAGUAGUAUUAUUCAAUCAUCUCAUGGCAAAACACAAGCUGUAGAAUCUCCAAAGGAAAAUAUCUGCAGUUGCUGCUUUUCUCUCUUUACAAAAGAUUCGUUAUUUAUUUAAUCAUACUAAUGAUGAUACUAAACAAUCUGCAAUCAUUUACUGCUCAUUUCUUGGUUGCUCUCCUAGCGUCGUGUUUAAUUUCAAAACGAGCUUAUGAUAAGAAGUCUUUAAGCUUAUCUGGAUCUUUACUUGCAUUGCUAGUAGGGUUUUUUACAACUUUACCAAAUUAUGGUUUUUUUAUGUGUAUGCUCACCUUCUUUGUCACAUCUUCCUAUCUAACGAACUUAAAAGCAAAAAAAAAGCAAAAAAUAGAGGAAUCUUAUAAGGAAGGAGGGCAAAGAACUGCAAGACAGGUGGCUUGUAAUGGUGGAGUAGCGGUUUUUAUCUCGGUAGUUUACUUAAUCGAAGUUGGUUGUGGUGAACGUCCUAUAAAUUUUUCAAAAGAUUUCACCACAUCUGUGCUUAUAACAGGAUUAAUUGGUUCUCUAGCGUGUUGCAAUGGUGAUACGUGGAGCUCAGAACUAGGUACUGCAUAUGGCGGGAAGUAUCCGCGUUUAAUUACAUCUUGGAAAACGGUACCUGUAGGUACUAAUGGAGGUGUAACUCUAUUAGGACUAAUUUCAAGUUCACUAGGAGGAUUAGCGAUUGGUAUUACAUUCAUUGCUUCAAACUAUCUUUUUGUUUUUCCAAAUAUUGGUGAAAAUACUUUGCCAUCUCAAUGGCCAAUUUUGUUAGUAACUAUUUAUGCAGGAUUAGUCGGUAGUAUACUUGAUUCCUUAAUAGGAGCAGUCUACCAAUACUCAGGGUAUUGUAUUUUAAGCAAAAAAGUUGUAAGUAAACCAACACCAUCAACUCAACAUAUUUCUGGUUGCGAUUUAUUAGACAAUGAUCAAGUUAAUUUAAUUUCGUCAAUUUUGAUGGCUUUAACGACACCUAUUGUGGCCUACUAUGUCUGGAGAGUGUAUUGAUGGAUUUAACGACAUCAAAUUUAGUUUAGGAAGUGAAUUGUAAUAAUUUUUUUAAAUUUUACAGUUUUUAUUAUUAUUUGGGGAUGUUUGAAGGGUGUUAGUUGCAAUAAUUUUAUUAUUAGA